CUAGUAAGGUUUUACCAGCCGCCACAAACCGCAAGAAGAAAGGUGGCGAUAGAGAUACACUCAGCCCCACUUUAGCCGGAAAACAGUAGAAGAAGGUUUUCCGCGACGUUAUUACGUAUUGAUGGUAUCUUUUUUGCCUGUGGUUAGUUAGCAUGUUCUUCGGUUAAGUUUCAGGUCAGUUUGUAUUCCUACUGCACAUUCGACAGCACAACCUCGGCAUAACUAUGAGCACGUUAUGGAUGGGAAACCUGGAGGUCUACAUGGAUGAAAAGUUUAUCACCAGAGCCUUUGCCACCAUGGGCGAACAGGUGGUCAACGUGCGAAUUAUACGCAACAAGAUGACAGGUGUGUCAUCACCCAGGGGUGCUCUGGGCUACUGUUUUGUGGAAAUGACCGAUGAGCCUACAGCAGAGAGGUGUCUUCGCAAAAUCAAUGGGAAACCUUUACCAGGCGCUAAUCCGCCCACAAGAUUUAAAUUAAAUCGAGCCACCUUUGGCAAACAAGAUACUGGACAGAUGUAUUCUCUGUUUGUGGGAGACCUGACUCCAGAGGUGGAUGAUGGGAUGCUUUAUGAGUUUUUCUACAAUCGCUAUCCUUCCUGCCGUGGUGGUAAAGUAGUUCUGGAUAGCAUGGGUAACUCCAAGGGCUGUGGCUUUGUGCAGUUUCCAGAUGAGCGCUUGCAAAAGCGGGCAUUAGACGAGUGUCAGGGUGUUGUGGGCCUGGGUGGUAAACCUCUACGACUCAGCUUGGCUGCUAACAAGAAUAGGCCGCCGCAGCAGCAGCAGCAGUCAGACAAACCGUGGCAAUCCAACUCAGAAUACAGACACAGUUAUGACCAGUACAGCCAGUACCAGCAGCAGGCCUAUCCUGGGUAUUACUCAUCUUGGGGCUAUGACCAGACUGGGGCAGGGUAUGGCUACAACUAUCAGCAAUAUGAUUACACGCAGUACCCACCACCACAGGAAAGUGAAGCUGUUCAGGAUGAUGGGGUUGAAGAGCCCAAUCCAGAGCUGGAUGUGGUGGAGGCCAACAGGAGGUUUAUGGAAACAAGCGAAGAGCUGUAUGAUGCUCUGAUAGACUGUCACUGGCACCCAGCAGAGUUUUCUGUAGAAGAGGACUACAUGGCUUCCAGCUUCCCAGAGUCUGUUUACUGCUAAAAUUAUGCUCUUUUCAUUGAACUUUGAGGCAUUUUAUUUAGAUUUUUAAUUUUGUUUACAUCAAGGACACAAUUUGUUGCUUGUUCAGAUGUAGGAACCAGUUAAAAUGAAUUGUAUGUAACAUCCCGUUUCCAAUACGGUCCCAAAAUAUGAUAGAAUGACCUGUAAUGUGCUGUAGCAACUGUAGCUGUAUGUUUUUUGAUUCUGAUGACCCGUUUUGUUUUUUCCUUUCAUUCUGUGCUCUUUGUUAAGGGUUGUCCUCAUAUUGGUUUGAACAGACUCACCUUUGACCGACUAUUUGCUCCUGUACAAUUUGAUGGUUUGUAAUAAAAACAAUACACAUGCGGUCAAGUGUAUUCUACCUCUA